GGCGAUCACGUCGUUGCUGUCAACAACUUCACCGAGGAUGUGGAGGCCAUGCGAACGCAGCUGCAGCUGAAGCGCGUCAGCAUGUCUGUCAAGGUGGCCGAGGUGGAGGUGGAACCCGACAUGAGCAGCUUAGAGAAUGCCACACGACUUGUCCUACCCAACCAGGACUUGAUGCCGCGAUGCCCUAGCUGCGGAAACAUGUACAUGGGCGAUUCGCUAUUCUGCCGAAGAUGUGGCCGUCCACGCGCAGACUCAGGUAUGAGGUGA